UCACGUCAGACUGGUCUCAUCUUCACAGUCAACAUGGAGGACGGAGAAAAUUCAGGUGGCACUUUUGACGGUCCAUAUAACAAACUUACUUAUCAAGAUGACAUCAGUGGAGAUGAGCAUUCUCUCUUCUCAAACCAAGAGAAGCAACAAGUGUCCAUGUCCAUGAUGAGACCUGAAUUCAGUUUGAAUCAUUACAAACUGCUCACAGUAAGCCUGGCAGUCCUCGCUGUCAUUCUACUAGUGGUUGACAUUGGCCUGGGAGUCUAUUAUAACACACUUACUGGCGGGCAGCAUGCAGUGAUGGACAUCAGCAAAGAGGUGGCCAAACUGCAGGCUGCUUACAGCACUGCACUCCAAAGCAGGGAUGAAGCCAAGAAACACUUGGCAAGAGAGAUCAGUGAGCAGCAACUUACCAAGUGGGAGCUUGAACAUGAGAAUAGAAGAAGCAAAGCCUAUGAAAAGCAGGCUGACAAACUUCAAGUGGAAAUUGCAACACUGAAAUCCCAUAUCCCAAUGAUUAAGGAAGGCUGCAGACACUGUCUGCCAGGAUGGACUUUCAUAAACUCACUGUGUUACUACUUCGCUUUCUCUGAAGAUAUUUCACGCAGAUCAUGGCAGGAAGCCAGACAGUUCUGCACAAAACAGGGAGGCGACUUGGCAGUGAUAGACAGCAGAGAGAAACACCUGUCAAUAAGCAACUUGAUCAAUAACUAUCAUGACCCUGGGAGACCCGUAAGCCAAACUGGCCUCUGGAUCGGACUGAGAGAUGUGGAAGAGGAAGGGACUUGGAGAUGGCUGGAUGGAACAAGACUGGCGGAGGGGUACUGGAAUGAUGGAGAGCCCAAUAACAUCGGUAAUGAAGACUGUGCAGCUGCAUACCCCAGGGACAACCCCUUUAAGUCUUGGAAUGAUGCUCCAUGCAAUUAUGAACUGAAAUGGAUUUGCCAAAUGGCACCAAGGUCUGCUGGUUAAUGGGAUUGUUUUAAAAAACACAUUUAGUUUUCAACUGAAUAUAGAAUUAACUCCAUCCUAGAGACUUCUACACAUCUUCAGUAUCUUUUUAUUGUCAUGUCAGCAUUUGUUGUGACGACAAAACGGCAGGGAAGGUCAAAAUACAAAAUAUACAUCUGAUUUAUGAAAUUAACUAUAAAAUGUAAGUUCACAAUAUCACUGUAAUAAAUAUUUUUUCCCUUUA